AAUGAACCAUGAACCAUACAAACCUGUCACGGAAGCGCGCUGAAACGGAGGAGUGAGUCCUUGAGAUGGGUAAAUUUUGACAUUGACGUUCCAAAAAAUGUGUUCGGGUGUGUGGUCUUUGUUUGUCACAUUGCAGUGUGCACCAGCACUUGUAUUGGAUACCAACCAAAACAACUCUUGGUGCACGCAAUCCAAGUUUUCAUUUUGCAGUGAUUGGACCUAGGUGAAAGUCGCAAAUUUUCUGCUCAAAAGGCUGUCGCAAUGCUCUUUUUGGGGCGUUUGCAGCCUUGCCCGUUCGAUUUCAUCCGAUAGCGUGAUUGAAGACAGCUGGCAAAGACAUCCUGUUGCCAUGCCCUUUACAAGGCCAACUUCGAGUGGCCUCUUUUGCUUGGCAUUUUGUCUAAAUGCAGGAGGGAAUAAGCGAAGCAGCGAAACAUGCGGCUCCAUUUUGGCUCCUCACUGAUUACACCAGAUGGUUCUUUCAUUUACCUCACUGUGUCUCCUCGGCCAGCUUCUUUGCUGCGGAUUGGAAUGCGAGCCAGUCCACGGCCAUUUCUGUUGACAUUGCCAUGCUGGUCAUUGUUGGCUGCUGCUUGUUCGCUUGGUGCUCCGACAUCUACAGGCUUUGCCCGGGCUGGGGUGCUGUGCGACGCUUUGACAGCGAUGGCAAUGAGGACCGGAGAGCAAGAGAGAGCUUGCUCCAAAAGGAUUUUGACCAUCGUCAGGCAGCAGCCUUGGAAGCCUCAGAGGCGCCAAAGCUCUAUGGCGCCCUGGGUCCUCCAACCUGGGGCGUUCUGGAGUCACCAAACCAGCAGGAGGUCAUGGUGAAUCAUCCGGUCCAUGGGCAAGUGAAGGUGCGCAGCAACUUCGAGGAGACGCAGCAGCUGCGCAGAGAAUCCACGUGGUGGGCCAAAGAUGAGCGCUACUUUGCGGAGCAGGCGAACCUCCGCCGCGGCGAGCUUUGCGUGAACGAGCCCUUCGCCAAGCUGGGUAGCGCCAUUUGAGGCGUCCUCUGGAAGGAGUCCACGACGCCACGAUGCUGAGUGGCCGUUUCAUGCGUUGAAUCGGACCCUCAUUGCCGUUGAGAGACUCAACGACAAACCUCAUUGCGCCGGGAUCUUUGCAAACGACGAUCCUGCUUGACCGUUGUCCUUUCGCUACAGAAAACAGGGUAGAAGCCGAUGGAUCUGAUUGAUAGGAGGAUGGUCUGUGGAUUUCAGAGGGCCAUGCGCACAGUGUACGGUUGUAACGCUGACUGCGAUGCUUGGCGCUAGCCCUGGGUCACAAGGGCUUGUGGUCUGGGUGUUUUGUUCCUGA